AUGAACUGCCACAGAGUUCUGUUGAGUGAAGAGAUCAGGAAUGAAGAGCUGUGGAAGUUGCUGUAUGCUGACGAUCUGGUGAUAUCUGCUGAAAAUGAGGAGGACCUAGAGAGAAGGGUUGGAGACUGGCAGGAGUCUUUAGAGAGGAUAUCUCUGGACCCAGCUAUUCAUAACGAGUUGAGAGACAGACUCCAGACGAAACCCAAACUCUACCAUGGCCCUUGUACCACCAGCCAUUCCACUUGCACCCUGCUUACUCCCUUCAUUGGUAGCAAGAAAUAUGUUAACUUGACCGCCAUCUCAACUGGCUCAUUCAGCAACGAAUGUCAAGUCCACUGA